AUGAAGAAGGAUCCAGAGGAAUGCGACGAAGACGGCGUCGGUAACAAGAUGGCCGGAGACAAACAAGAUGCUCGGGGAGCCUCGGAACGGGUCAGAAACAUCCAGAAAUAUCAAGCUGCAACCGCCAAAGACGACGUGGCCGCGCCGUCCUCGCUGUCGUCCACACCCUCCUCCGCCGAACCCAAGAUGCCUGGGCGUGCUGAGUGCGGUUCGCCCAAAUGGGACAUCAAGACCGAAGAACGGCAUGACGAGCCUCGAUCUACAGACUCGUCCUUGGACGAGCCCUCAGAGACUCGGACGGAGGCUUCCCAGGAGACCGAACCUUUGUCCUGCCAAGAGUUGCGAUCCUCUCCGUGCGAACACUCGUGCUUCGGCGACCAUGAUGCUGAAGACUCGAUCGCCAUUCCUCCUUGCAUCAGCGAAGCUGAAGUGGACGCUCUUGUCGGAGCCUCUCCUCAUCCGCCUGUGACAAAGGAAACAUUGGAAGAGCUCGAACUGGUUUACAUACAGUCGAACAUCAACCUGCGCAUUGAUAUCAACUUCGACCAUGAUCUCCAUUUCACCCCCAUUUCUGGGGAGAAGGGAGAGCUCAAGAAGAAGCAUGCGAGAAGAUACUGGGAUGGGCUAGAGGCUGAGUUGAAGAUAGUCUACCAACAUGAGCCCCUGGGCUCGUGUACUGAGUGUGAUUGGAAGCGCUCUUCGAGCUCCGGGAAGCCGGUGCUUUUCAAGCGAAGGCUGCCUCUCUUGUUUCGGAAGCUGAAAGAGUUGCUUGUGAUUCUAAUCCCGGACAGGGACCAGUACCAGAUCAGUCAGUAUCUUGACGUCCCUCUGCUUCUGCAAGAGGUGUCUCAUGGCCUGCUAGACAUUGUCCGCUUGGCUCAAUGGCUGGAUGGGCUCCUCACGAGCCAUUGUGCCCCAAUGAGAGACGUCUAUGCACAUGAGAUGGCUGAACAAAUAGGACAAGGUGCAGAGACGGGGGACCUGCACGCUCUCGUCAUUGGUAUUGAAAAGCUGUUUCAGUUUCUGGAAGCAAUGAAACUGGAUGUCGCUAAUCACCAGAUCAGAAGUUUCCGGUACCUCUUGAUCGAUGACACUGUCACGUUCCAGCAAGAUUAUUUCAAGUCGCGCAUCAGGCAGGGUGAGCUUCAGACCGAAGAGUCUCGAGCAUGGUACUGUGAUGCCCUUGAGAAGCACCGACAGUGUCAGCUUGAUAGCAAAAAAGCAAGCAUACCUCCGACCGCUGCCUUGGUGCAUGGGAUACUCGAACUCUGCCUUUGCCAUGAUCUGGAGCUUCCCGCAACUCUGGCGUACGAUCACAAGCGCCUCAAAGAGAUCCGGAUGGACUUUCAAGACACGAUACAUCUCGACAUCUGUCUAUCAGUCUUUGAUCAGGUACUUCGAGAGUUACUGGGUCACCAUCCAACCUCUACCUGGCAGGGUGUCAUGGAGGUCCGCGUAUCGGAGAUGCACAUGCUCCUGCGGAACAGAAUCAUGGAUCUCACCGACGGCGAUCUCGAGGGAACUCCUAUGCAGGAAAUCUGGAUGCGACAUGCCAGCGCCGUGGCUCUUGAGCUGGCUCGUGCUGCGAUCCUCAUGUGGCCCGGCUCCACGUUUGCCAUACCCGAUGCCAUGGUCAUCAAGACGACUGCAAGAUUGGUCGCCCAGUUUGAGGCCGAACAUCGAAACCAGCAUCACGCAAGGGCAGUCUUACGUGUACUCGAAGGAUCGACGAACGAUCAGAUGAGCAAAUUCCAGAACAUGACCAUAUUGGCCAUCUCGCAAGCGCAGAAGCAGUGGCAACAAGACCGAGCCUCGAGGCAACAAUGGCGCUCUCUCCCCGAAAUUGAAGAUAUUGCAAGAAGAGUUGCACAUAUUGCGACGGUGCAUUGGCGGGUUUGGGCGGACCUUGUUUAUCUGGAGUCUUCAGACGGACACGGGGAUUUCGUUAAGGAGAAUGACAGUGUUUCUGAGCAAGGGGAUCAGGAUAUCAUCACGGGCAGUCCGAUGGCCCAUGUACAACAACAACAACAACAACAACAACAACAACAUUGUUUUGAAGAGGAGGAGGAGGAGGAGCAAGAAGGCGAAGAGGAAGAGGAAGAUACCCCUUUUCAUUCCACGUGA